GUGCUCAGAAAAGGGUUAUCUAUUUUUUAGCAUGCGCUGUAUGACUUGACAAUGAUGUGGAAGCUGCACGUACAACGCUGUAAAACUGUAUGUUAAGGUUUAAUUAAAACAGAAAUAGUAUUAUUCCCGCGUGUGUCCGCGAGUUUUUUUUUCCCUGCUUGAGUGUUUUUUCACGCACAGUCGCGACGAACAUUUUCUCGUGCAUACAUAGACCACGUCCCAUUCCCCCCUUCCCCCACCCGCUCGCUGCUCAUCGCCGCAGCCUCAGCGAUAGCUUUGCUGCAGCGUGACUCACAUACGCGGCGUGCGCAGGCGUAGGAAAGAAUGAAACUCGCGACUUUCGAUAGACUGGCGAUGAGGACGUGACAGCGCGAGACGACGGCACGUUUUAUUCCAGCUGUGCGUGCGGGGUCCUGAUGAUGCACGAGGGAGCGAAGUGCAAGGCUAAGUUCAUCGGGGAACUCUUAGUGUCUGCGGCUCCUUUCGACCAGAAGUCUGGAAGGGAGACGUGGGCUGUAGCCUUUGCUCCCGAUGGCUCCUACUUGGCCUGGUCUCAGGGGCACCGCAUCGUGAGGCUCCUACCCUGGUCGCAAUGCCUGAACGACUUCACCGUUGGCAGUGCAGACCUGCCCAAGGUGGCUGCGGGGCCCCGGCGCCUGUCGCGGCAGCUCAGCGAUGGACAGCCGGCUCGCAGCAUGCCCCGCGAACACACCAUCGACUGCGGUGACAUCGUCUGGGGUCUGGCCUUCGGCUCCUCCGUGCCCGAGAAGCAGAGCCGCUGUGUCAACAUCGAGUGGCACCGCUUCAAGUUUGGCCAGGACCAGCUACUGCUCGCCACGGGCCUCAACAACGGGCGCAUCAAAAUCUGGGACGUCUACACUGGCAAACUGCUGCUGAACUUGAUGGAUCACACUGACAUUGUGCGAGACCUGACUUUCGCGCCUGAUGGCAGUCUGAUGCUGGUGUCUGCCUCCAGGGACAAAACGCUCCGCGUGUGGGACCUGAAAGACGACGGGAAUAUGGUGAAAGUACUGAGAGGCCACCAGAGUUGGGUCUAUUGCAGUGCCUUCUCCCCCGAUUCCGCUGUGCUGUGCUCAGUGGGGGCCAGUAAAUCGAUCUUCCUCUGGGACAUGGAUAAGUACGUGCUCAUUCGUAAGCUGGAGGGUCACCAUAACGACGUGGUGUCCUGCGAGUUCUCUCCCGAUGGGGCCCUGCUGGUCACGGCCUCCUACGACACACGUGUUAUAGUGUGGGACCCCCACAUGGGCUGCGUGCUGCUGGAAUUCGGGCACCUGUUUCCCCCCCCCUCCCCCAUAUUCGCGGGGGGUGCAAACGACCGGUGGGUGCGCUCCGUUGCGUUCUGCCACGACGGCCUGCACGUGGCCAGCGUCACUGACGACAGGCUGGUCCGGUUCUGGAACAUUGCUGAGGAACCUCCCCAGGCUAUUUCCCCGCUCACCAACGGCCUCUGCUGUGCCUUCUCCACGGACGGCAGCGUGCUCGCUGCAGGCACCCGCGACGGCAGCCUGCACUUCUGGGCGUCGCCCCGGCGAGUCGCCAGCCUGCAGCACCUGUGCCGGAUGGCCCUGCGACGGGUGAUGACGACCCCACAGGUGCAGACUCUGCCCAUCCCUGCCCGCAUGGUGGACUUCCUGUCUUACAGGAUCAUCUGACGCUGCCUGCACGGUUCACACCGGUUCACCUCCUCAUGGUCCCCCCCCCCCCCCCCCCCCCCCAUGCAGUACUCGUUGACCUUUUUGUUUUGUAAUUAUUUAUUUGCUGUAUGAUCCUGGGCGUGUCCGUGUGCAUUCUUACGGUUCUUCCGGAGAUGUCGGUCGCUGUAAGUUAUUUCAGAAGUGUGUGUCACCCUUGGGGGUGACGUCCUCGUCCACAGUCUCCCAUCGUGCCCAAACACAAGCCCGAGCAAGACAAACCUUAACUUCUUCAUAAAACACACCAGAUUACCAGUGAUCCACAAUGGCUCACUGGACUGACAUGCGAUGGGAAUCUCUCCUUCCCGAGGUACAGGAGCAUGCGGGCACCCAGCGCUUGUGGAUGGAAUGGGUGUGGGUUUUUGGAGGGGUCACUGGAUUGCCCAGCUGCACCCCAGAGCACUGUCACCCCCCCCCCUCCCCCCAGUCUAAUGGCUGCACACCCACUCCUUACAGGUGACCCUUAAAACCUCUUCCAGCUCUUAACUUGCAUCACUGGUGUUCGAUCGCCUGCCCGCCCAGUCAGGGAGAGGUUUACGGAUAAACCAGUAACAUAACCAACACCUUCCCAUGGAGGGAUCUUCAGUUCAUAUAUAUAUAUAUAUUUUUUAUACCUGUAUAGAACUCUGUAAAGACAAUUGUAUUCAUUCAAUGUGUAUAUCAAAGCUUCUCAUGUUACACUGCUGUCGUAUUUUUUAAGUCAAUUGUAUAGAAUCAUCCUCGCUUGUACAAAUGUUUGCAUGUCAAUGUUUCCUUAUAAUGUGACUUGCGUGUGAGAACGGCAGGUGAAUGACAGACAUCAGGUUUUUCUUUCUUUGUUUUUGAUAUCGCUCCGUUUGCGGUAACAUUGCUCAUCCCGUCGUCUGCUUUUACGAGAUUUCUGCCCUGCGUCACUUUGCCGUGUUUUUUUUUUUUUUUGUUUAUACAUAUAAAAUGUGAUUUUUGUUUUUUAUUUUUUAAUGCACAGGUGGGCCGGGAACAUGUUUGGUUUCACACGGAUCCUAAAGGGAGUUUCUUGGGGAGUCUUUGGGCCUUUGCUUGUUUUGUGUUUUAAAAGCUACCUCCGGAAGUCACUGAAGUAUGUUGACGCGCUCGUUUUAUGUUCGGUCAUCGAUGCCCUAGGCGUUUUUUUGUUCGAGCGCGACGUUCGCUAUUGGUCUCGGGAGAGUUUCUGAAAGGGCGAUUUGAUAUGCAGUUAUCUUGUAAGUAGAUGCUGGACCAGGGCUGUUAAAUGUCAAAUGGCACAGUAGUUGAAGGAGGAAUUUUGCUGACUCAUUUUGGCAAUGAGCAUGACGCUAUUCUUAGAGCUGAUUCCAAAGCUGCUCAUAUCUGCAAGUCCUGUGUGAUUUUGUGUUCAUCCAGGUUUAAAACAUAAAAAAAAAAAAAAAAAACUUGAAAUUCUUUGGUUUAAACAUCAAACAGUGUUCCAAACAGCAUCGUUAGUAAGGCCUUGCUACAAUGAAGCGCCGGGCGAAAGUACAAACUUUUAUUUUUGUUUAUUCUUCGUUGGUUUGAUACUAGAAACCUGCUGGACUUUUGUUGCCAUGCAAAUAUUAUUAGUGUGAAUAUUAUGAACAUUUCAACGAAGUACUCGAAUCGUUCUGUAUGCGGCAGUGACUGUCGCAGAUAAUCAAAAUUUAAAUAAAUGUAUAUAUAUUUUUUUUCCUUUUACUUACGUAUUUUUGCAUUUAGUCUUAAUAAAAUUCUGCCCAAAAA